GUCCUGGCCAAGAUUCCCGGUCACCAAUAUAUACCAAAAGUGCGAUACGCUAUGGCCAAGCUUUUAGCUGGUAAGGAUCAUAAGGGAGCGAACAUGUCGAUCGGUUAUUUACAGGACGUUUUUACCAACUGUAAUAGUGCGUUCGGCUCCUUGGCUACUGUGCUGCGGAGUGGGACGUCAAGUGCAUCUACCGUUGAUACUGAAGCAAUUGCUGAUUGUUUUGAGGGAUCCGGUUCGACAAACCUGACGACGUGGCUAGAGGCACAAAAGCUAUUGGGCAUCGGGCAAGCUGAGCAAGCUUUGAAGAUUAUGUCUUUGCUUGGAACCAACAAUCCUAAGUGUGCAUAG